UGAUGUUAGAUUCAUUGCAGUCGUUACAUGAUGAUGUCAUAAUAAUGAUUGCUGUCGUUACAUGAGCUUCUCUCCUCUUCCAUAAGAAUAGGACAGCAUAAACUAUUUUGCUCUGCAUCAAAGAAAUCAAAAAUGAUAUCUCGACCUUCACAUAGGACAAAAAUAGGAAUUAUACCCCCAAAAAACGUUAUAUAUUUAUAAGAUAAAAACGUAUAUUAAGUAGUAGACUUUUUUAAGGCCGCAGCUAGCUCCUGUCGUUUCUCGGUCCACCUAGAAACGAAAAUGACGGACAUCAAGCCCCCGCAGCCAGGAUGCUUCCUCUUCACCUCAGAGUCGGUGAACGAGGGUCAUCCGGAUAAGUUGGCUGAUCAGGUAUGCAAUUAUGUCCAAUUUUUAAUAAGGACAACAGACACCCUUGUUGUUAUGACAUAUUAUAAGAAUAAGGACAAGAGACACAUUAUUAUAAGGACAUAUUAUAAGGACAAAAUAAGGUCGGUGAACGAGGGUCAUCCGGAUAAGUUGGCUAGUUAGGACAACACCCUUGUUAAUAUGACUAUCCUUCUCUACAUUCAUUCAUUCAUACACUAGGUUUCCGACGCUGUCCUUGAUGCUUGCUUGAAGCAAGAUCCGGAUUCAAUGGUUGCCUGUGAAACUUGUACUAAGACUGGCAUGGUUAUGGUUUUUGGCGAAAUUACGACGAAGGCCCAGGUGGACUAUGAAGCUAUUGUGCGUCAGGCAUGCAAAGAUAUCGGAUACGACUCGGAGGAUAAGGGUAGUUAGUGUUGAUGUCAACAUUAUGUAGUUGUGGAUCAAUGCAUCUGAUUACAUUCAUCUUGCUCCAAGGUCAUUCAGCAGAAAUCCAGGUCUGAACUACGCUACCAUGGAGGUUUUGAACAAAUUGGAGGAGCAAUCACCGGAUAUUGGUCAGGGCGUUCACGGUAUGGGCACUCGUAAGUCCGCGGAAGAACUCGGUGCUGGCGAUCAGGGGCAUAUGUUCGUUACGAGUGGGGGUGCUUGAUCUUGUUUCACACACACUUUCUCCGACACGAAGAUCACGAAUAUUUUUUUUCAAUUUCGAGGGAUGGCGCGUUGCACAGAAGAAUACUAUUAAGCACUUUAACUUCUUUCUCGACAACCAUCUAUAGCAAGUAGGUAUGCCGCCCUGAAAAGAUUUUCUUUCUAACCCUUGCUAUGCGUCCGACGAGACUCCGGAGUUGAUGCCGUUGACCCACUCUCUGGCGACUCAGUUGGGCAAAAGGUUGACCGAUGUCCGUAAGGAUGGCACUGUCCCGUGGGUCCGCCCUGAUGGAAAGACGCAGGUCUCAUUAUAAUUUUUCAGCAAUUCUUGCAAGUCUACUGUUGUAUCGCAGUAAUUCUGUCGUAGUACCUCUGUCGUCAACCUCAAUAUCUCACUACAUCCAUUUCCAUAAAAAUCAUCUAUUGCAAAAUAUUAAUUCAAGACUGAAAUUUAUUUUAGGUUACUUGCGAGUACAAGAAGGGAGAUGAUGGAUCGAUGCAGCCACAGCGUGUCCACACGAUCUUGAUUUUUAUGGCAAAAACAUCGACAUUUUUCGGAUUUUUAUUUCAUUAUCUGCACUACCUUGUAAAAGGAUAGCUCAUAAUAGUACUGGUGGGACGAACUUUCCCUGUCCUACAACCUGAAGCAUGUAGUUCCCAUCACAAUGUCAAUCCUUUCCUGCCACUCCCCGCUCCCCUCUAAUCUAUCCACCCAACAUUCCCCUGACGUAAGUUUGGACCAGCAGAAGAAGGACCUGAUGGAACACGUCAUUAAGCCGAUUGUCCCAGAAAAGUACCUCGAUGACGAAACCAUCUUUCACAUCAAUCCGAGUGGACGGUAUUAAUGUGGGACCCACCAGGUGUCCACUUCUACUUGUUGAUCAUGACACUCUUCACUACUUUGUCCUAGAGCAGCAUACUGUUGAUCUGCAUCUCAUGAUGUUAUUUCCACACCCCUCAAACUCAAUCUAGACUUUUUCCCUCCCAUGCCGUAACUACCCCACGAAUGGGUAAACUACUACUACUACAGUUUCGUGAUCGGUGGCCCUCAUGGUGAUGCCGGUUUGACUGGGCGUAAGAUCAUUAUCGAUACGUACGGCGGCUGGGGUGCGCAUGGUGGUGGUGCCUUUUCUUAUGGCUCAUGAUGCUGAUAGAUAUGAAUCAUUUCAAAUGAACCCCCCCGCUGGUGUUACAAGUUGGUUCCAGUUGCAGUCUUUCUGCAUGGGAUUAUUUAUCUUCUGAGACAGACCUCCGGUGAGGACACAUCUGACACAGUCUAAUGUUCCGGUAAGGACACAUCCAAGGUCGAUAGAUCUGCUGCUUAUGCUGCGCGUUGGGCCGCGAAGUCCCUGGUUGCCAGCGGCCUCGCCAAACGUUGCUUGGUGCAGGUCUCUUACGCGAUCGGUGUCGUGCAACCGCUUUCCAUGUUCGUUGACAGCUAUGGAUCUGGUACUGUUAGUACUUUUUUUUGACCCUUCUUUCGAGCUCUAAAGAGAAAUAGUGUGCAGGAUCGAUUUUACUUGUAAGCAGGUUAGAAAGAUCCGUUCCUUGAAUUCUAAGGCUCUCGAGAUUGUAAGCAAUGUCGACCUUUGGAAGUAUAGUAACAAACUGCAGCUUGGCUACUUAAUCGAAGUUGGUUCCAAAAAAACUCUUUACCAAUGUCUUACAGCAUCUUUGUCAGGGAUGUUCUGAGGAAUGUAAUUCCGUAACCUCUGUAAUUAGCCUCACAAAUUCACAAUUUCCUAUUUUUCCUCAGGUGUCAAAGAUGACGAAACGUUGUGCGAAAUUGUGAAGCGCAACUUUGAUUUUCGUCCGGGAUGCAUCCAACGUGAUUUGAACCUUAAAGCUCCGCAAUUUCAACCGUUGGCCGCCUACGGACAUUUCGGUCGCGAGGAUCUCAAGCCAGCGUGGGAGAUCGUCAAGGACUUGAAGCAUGAGUUGUAAAUACUGAUGUACUAGCUACGUAAUCGUAGUCGUAGAGGAGGAUGUUCAGGCAGGCGAAACACGAAACACGUACUAGUUGUUCUCAAUCUCGUACUUGAUCAUGUGGUAGAAGAACAUCACUCGUGAAUUUCGUUGAUGAGUUAUAGACAACUAUUACGUCUAGGCACAUUCGUUGGGAGGUAGAAGGCAUCGAGUAGUGCUACCAACAGAAGAAGGAGAUAGAAGAUUGAUGCCGUCACUUCGUCGUUUGCCAGAACCUGGAAAAUUUUCACUGUUUCAUUAUCAUCAUGCUCCUGUACAAUAAAAAUUGAAAUUCAUCACAUGCAGAUGGAAUAUUUUCAAUUCCGUUCGUCAACGUCGAGCAAGAUGAAAACAUGACUUUGCCGGAGUCAUAAUAGUACCGUACUGGGUGUAUAAAGAUCGUAGCAGAAGUUCAAGUUCUUAUUUUAAUCUAGUAUCCUCUUCAGCAGUAGAGGAUUCGUGAAGGUGGAGCGCGCUAUUCACUGCACUCAUAAUUGAUGUAAGUAGCUACUAACUCGAACAGUCUAUUUGUCGCGUCUUUAUCAGGAUGAGAACUCACUCUUGAUAUGAAAACAAACGCAUCAUUGCGAGCUGACUCCAAGAUUUGCCUUAACGAAUAUCAAAAUCAAUAACCACAGAUAGAAGGAAUAAAACUUUUGCUGACCACAAUGUCGCCGCCCUCCUGCUCAUCUCGUUAAGACACAUGGGUGGAGCAUGAAAGAGGAUUUUUUGAACGUGGGCCUUGUUGGUUAGAUUCUUAGAGAUCCACGUGGUGCAGCGAACGGGCAUCGAUGGAUUAUUCUUUCUCGACGUUCAGUGCGCUGUUGGUGUCAACAUGAAAAUUACAUGUUUCACCAAUCAUCAUUGCUAU